AUGGGCCGGCAAAAGCAAACAACGCCGCUCCAGCGCAAUCCCUCGUCGCAGUUGAUGCACACCCUUCCCGACGAGUCUGAAGCGGCGCUGAAACAUGAUAAUGGACGUGCGACGGAGAUUUCGGACGCCAAUGGAAGCGCCUCCGCGAAUGCGGCCGCGCUGGAGACAGUCGCCGACACUCCUGGCUUGAUGCAGCUUCUGAUCUGCGUGCUCGGUAUCUACGCGGCGUUCCUCUCAUGGGGUGUCCUGCAGGAAGCUAUUACCACUACGACCUAUCCCCUCCGCGCCGCAACUGCUGCCGAACCUGAACCGCCCACCGAGCGUUUCACGUACUCGCUCGUCCUCAACACAAUCCAGUCCUUUUUUGCCGCCAUCACAGGCUUCCUGUACCUCUCUUUCUCCACACCGAAGGGCCAGAGCAUCCCUUCGAUCUUCCCGACGCGCCGCAUCCUCUUCCCUCUCCUCCUCGUCAGCAUCUCGUCUUCGUUGGCCUCGCCCUUUGGCUACGCCAGUCUCGCGCACAUCGACUACCUCACGUUCAUCCUCGCGAAAUCAUGCAAGCUCCUCCCCGUCAUGGCCCUCCACCUGGCCAUCUUCCGCAAGCGCUACCCGCUCUACAAGUACGGCGUCGUCCUGCUCGUGACACUCGGCGUGGCGACCUUCACCCUGCACCAUCCCGGCACGAGCAAGAAGGUUGCAGCGUCGGCAGCGACGCAAUCCGGCUCGUCCAUGUGGGGUAUCUUCUUGCUGUCGAUUAAUCUGCUCCUGGACGGAUUGACGAAUACUACGCAAGACCACGUCUUCACCUCCCCGACACUGUACACCAAGUUCACCGGCCCGCAAAUGAUGGUCGCGCAGAACGUGCUGUCGACCGCGCUGACCGCUGCGUACCUGCUGGUCAUGCCGCAUCUGUCGCAAAGCGGGAUUUUGCACAACCUGCUCCCCUUCCCGAUUCCCCCGUCCACCCAGACGGAGCUGUUCUCUGCUAUUUCGUUUCUGCAGCGCCACCCCGAGGCCCUGAAGCAUGUCCUUGGCUUUGCGGCGUGCGGGGCGGUGGGUCAACUGUUUAUCUUCUAUACCCUGUCGCGCUUCUCGUCACUGCUUCUCGUGACUGUCACGGUGACUCGCAAGAUGCUCACAAUGCUCCUCAGUGUGUUCUGGUUCGGCCACUCGCUAAAGCCGGGGCAGUGGCUGGGAAUUGUUCUGGUCUUUGGCGGUAUUGGUGCCGAGGCGGUGGUGCAGAGACAGGAGAAGAAGGCAAAGGAGCGGGCGAAGAACGAGGCUGCGAAGAAAGAGCAGUAG